AGAAUCUUCAGACGAAGAAUAUUCCUGGCAUGGAGGCAAAAUUGCUAUGUACGAAGAAUUCAUUCAUCGGACGUAGACAAUGAUUCGGCUCCAAUAACACAGCAGUCCCCAGGACUCACCAAUCAAUCAAAGGUCAGUGGGGAGAGUGUGGGAAGAAAGCUUUCGGGAGGAAGAAGAAGCAGGGGAGGAGGUUAAUGAGCUCAAGCAUCAUGGGUCCUCCCUGCUCUAUACUUUUUCUCCUUCUACUCCUUGUUGCUCGGGCUGCUGCUAGGCCUCUUUAUCCGCUGCCAAGCAAGGUGGAUAAUGGUGAAAGACAGCCUCUUCAGACUUCUCGCCCGUAUAAUAUUGCACAUCGAGGUUCGAACGGAGAGAUUCCCGAAGAAACAGCUUUUGCUUACCUGAGAGCAAUCGAAGAGGGUGCUGACUUUAUUGAGACUGAUAUCUUAUCUUCCAAAGAUGGAGUUCUCAUAUGCUUCCAUGAUGUUACCCUUGAUAACACGACUGAUAUUGCUCAUCGCAAGGAGUUUGCUGAUCGUAAAAGAACUUACGAGGUUCAAGGGGUUAAUACCACUGGAUUCUUCACUGUUGAUUUCACAUUGAAGGAGCUGAAGUCCCUACGUGUAAAGCAGAGGUAUCCAUUUCGGGAUCAACAAUAUAAUGGAAAGUUCAAGAUCAUUACCUUUGAGGAGUUCAUUGCAAUUGCAUUGGAUGCACCCAGAGUUGUUGGAAUUUAUCCCGAGAUUAAGAACCCUGUCUUCAUCAAUGAGCAUGUGAAGUGGCCUAAAGGGAAGAGAUUCGAAGAUAAGUUUGUGGGGACCCUCAAGAAGUAUGGAUACAAAGGUUCCUACAUGUCAAAGGAUUGGUUAAAGCAGCCUGUUUUCAUCCAGUCCUUUGCUCCAACUUCUCUUAUAUAUGCUUCUAAUCUCACGGACUCGCCCAAAAUUUUUUUGAUCGAUGAUGUUACAAUUCCAACUCAGGACACAAAUCAGUCAUACUGGGAAAUUACUUCGGACAAAUACUUUGACUUCAUUAAGCAAUACGUUGUGGGGAUCGGACCAUGGAAGGACACAGUGGUGCCUGCUGUGCACAACUAUCUGCAAGAACCGACUGACCUCGUUGCCCACGCUCAUGCCCACAAUUUACAGGUGCAUCCAUAUACUUUCCGGAACGAGAACCAAUGCCUGCACUUCGACUUCCAUCAGGACCCAUAUCAGGAGUACGAGUACUGGAUUCAAAAGAUAGGCGUCGACGGGAUCUUCACAGACUUCACGGGCAGUCUCCACAUAUAUCAAGAGAUGACCACUCCUCCCCACCCAAAAGACGGCGGAAACGAUGAUCACGUGAUGAGUCUGUUGCAUAAGAUCGCUCUAUUGGUCUCUCCCUAUGAGAAAGUGUGAAGGGGCAGCUGUACCAGUUUCUAAAACCUUUGUUAUUAACCUCGAGAUGAUAGAUAAUAUGUGAUAUUUGUUCAUAACUAGCUAGACUUAGCGGUGAUUUCCUUAAUAAAAAUAAAUGUAUACCAAAGGAACCGCGAGCAGUCAUCACUUCCUGCGUGCAUUAUUACAUGAGAUUCAUGAAUAAAAACCCAUGAUCAAUCCAUUCAUUCA